AUGGCCAAAACCCUAAUCCCAAAUAUUUUUCUUGUGCUUGUAGUUUUGAUCUCCCUGGGCACGCAUGCCCUAAGUGACAAAGGCGUCGCAAGGUUUCUUCUAUACCAUAGAGAAAAGUUCAUGGCAUCACAUUUCAAGGACCAUCACUCCCUCGUCAAGGCUCGAUUGGCCCGGGAUAGGGCACGCUUCAAACUCCUUUAUCGGCGUCACCUCCAGCACUCGAAUUCUGCUCCAUUUCUACGCCCAAACGUCGAUUUCAAUGAGACCAACGUGUUCGAGGAAGGCGGGGAGUACGUGACCGUUUUGAAAGUGGGAAAUCCACCACAAAAAGUGCAACUUCUUGUAGACAUGGGCACACCCUUCACAUGGUGGCAGUGCCAACCAGGGUGCAUCCAAUGCUACUCAACACCACACCAUAUUUUUGAUACGAGCAUGUCAUCCACGUACACUCAGACUGAUUUCUUUAAUGGACCAUGUGAUGUACAGCAGCUCUACAUACAAGGUUGUGUUCAUCGUGGUGAGCACCAGUGUCGUUUCAGCGUUCAUUAUGUAGAUCGAUCUGUCUCCGAAGGUAUCAUGGCCACAGAUACCAUAUCUACCGAUGAGGGUGUGCAUCUCAGUAACAAUUUCUCUUUUGGAUGUGGAGGUCGUAUUACAGGUAUAGACAUGUUCAAUGAGGCCGCGACUAGAAUCCUAGGCUUCGUGCCGAGUGGAUAUUCAUUUCCGACUCAACUCCAAGCUAACAAUUUUACCUUCUGUCUGCCUUAUUACAAUACAACCGACGGUGGAACGUUGGACUUGAAUUAUUACGAUGAAUUGCGGUUUCAACAUUCGAGUACAGCAAUUCUGGACAUCAGAAUGGACCGGACUACAAUCACCAAGUUUCUCGAGAAGGCCUAUGACAUAUUCAGGACUACUUCAUCCGCAACGCUCAGGGUUUGCCUCGAGCUCCCGGCGAAGAUCAGUUAG